AUGGUGUCUGCCACAGAUAGGAAGUCACCCAAAGCUCUUGGUGCAGUGUCUUGGCAGCAAUGUGAUCUGAAGAUGGCAGCCAGAGCACUCUGGGGCAGCCUGGGCCUGCUCCGCGUGGUAUGGUGUCUCCUUCCGCAGACAGGCUAUGUGCACCCAGAUGAGUUUUUCCAGUCACCUGAGGUCAUGGCAGAAGACAUCUUGGGCAUGGAGGCCGAGAGACCCUGGGAGUUUGGCCCCAGCAGCUCCUGCCGCACAGUCGUGUUCCCACUGCUGACUUCUGGUUCUGCCUUCUGGCUGCUCAGGAUCUGGGAACAGCUGGGGCUUUGGCCUGGCCGGGUAAGUGGCUACAUGCUGCUGGUGGGGCCCCGGCUCCUCCUCACCGCCCUCUCCUUUGCCCUGGAUGGGACCGUGUAUCACUUGGCCCCGCUAUUGGGGGCAGAGCGCUGGAAUGCCCUGGUCCUCUUGGCUGGCUCCUACGUCACCCUGGUCUUCUACACAAGGACCUUCUCCAACACCAUCGAGGGACUGUUCUUCGCGUGGCUGCUGGUGCUCGUGUCUCCCCGCCUAGCUGGCAGACUCACGUGUAAGCAGCCUGCUCCAAGUCCCUGGUGGCACAGUUGGCUUCUUGGAGGUGUCGUGGCUGCUGGCUUCUUCAACCGCCCCACCUUUCUGGCUUUUGCUCUGGUUCCCCUCUUCCACUGGGCCCUUGGUGGAACCCUGAAGCCUGGUUUCAAGUCAUUGACCUAUAAGACCUUGGAGUUACUCCCAGGGGCAGCCCUCACAGCAGCAGGGUUUGUGGCCGUAGACAGCUGGUAUUUCUCCAGCCCAUCUAGAGCCAGUGCGCUGGUCCUAACACCUGCCAACUUCCUGCACUACAACCUGGAUCCCCAGAAUCUGGCCAGACACGGUACGCAUGUGCGGCUCACCCACCUGGUGGCCAACGGUUUCCUGCUUUUUGGGCUGCUGCACGCCCAGGCCUUACAGGUUAUGUGGCAGCAGCUGCAGACCUGCACCCGUGCCUUUACACAGCUAGGCCUCCUGAGGGUGGUGGGUGCCCAGAGCCUGCUGUCCAGCCCGAGGUCUUACCUCCUCCUCCUCUACUUCACGCCACUGACCCUGCUGUCUGCCUUUAGCCACCAGGAGGCUCGGUUCCUGAUUCCCCUCCUGGUACCAUUAGUCUUGCUCUGUAGUCCUCAGACCCAGCCUGUGCCCUGGAAGGGUACUCUGGUCCUCUUCAAUGUCCUGGGGGCCCUCUUCUUUGGCUGCUUGCACCAGGGGGGCCUUGUGCCUGGCCUGGGACACCUGGAGCAGGUAGUUCAUGCACCUGUGCUCCCAAAUGUACCUACCCACUACACACUGCUCUUUACCCACACUUACAUGCCCCCACGGCACCUCUUGCGCCUCUCGGGCCUGAACUCACCUGUGGAGGUGGUGGACAUGGCUGGGACAGAGGACUGGGUCCUAUGCCAAGCCCUGAACAACUUCACUAGUCAGCCAUCUUGCCAAGCGGCUGGUGGGCCGUGGAUCUGCCGACUCUUUGUGGUGACCCCUGGCACCACCAGACCUGCCAUGGAGAAAUGUGGCUUCCCCCUCAAGAAUGAGAUGCUUGUGUUUCCUCAUUUGACUAUGGAGGACCCACCAGCACUGUCCUCCCUGCUGAGUGGGGCAUGGAGGGACCACCUCAGCCUUCACAUCGUGGAGCUGGAGGAGAAGCCAGCCACUGUGACAGAGCAGCCACUGCCCAGAAUGCAGUCAUAG